AUGCUAAAGCAUGGCCAGCAUGUGGAGGUCUCCAGCACAUUCUGUCUGCAGGCCUCAGCCAUAGAUGUGCUCUGCUGGGAUGAGCGCCAGCGCGGGCGGCAGCGGCGGUGGAGGCGACAGUGGCGGCAGCAGCAGCAGGUAGGGCUUAGCCCAGCCGUCCAGGGUCCCUGGCUCCUCAAGCACUCACUGCCCGCCCAUUCCACCCACAGCUCACAAGCCUCCUGUGGGCCUGAGUCCUCAGGCUCUGAACUAGCCCCAGCUACACCAGCACCUCCAAUGCUUCAGGGGCUCCUGGGCUCUGAUGACGAGGAACAGGAAGACCCCAAGGACUACUGCAAGGGUGGCUACUACCCAGUGAAGAUCGGUGACCUGUUCAAUGGGCGGUACCACGUGGUGCGAAAACUGGGCUGGGGCCACUUCUCUACCGUCUGGCUCUGCUGGGACAUCCAGCGCAAGCGCUUCGUAGCCCUGAAAGUAGUGAAGAGUGCUGGGCACUACACUGAGACAGCUGUGGAUGAGAUCAAGCUCCUGAAAUGUGUCCGGGACAGUGACCCCAGUGACCCCAAAAGAGAGACCAUCGUUCAGCUCAUUGAUGACUUCAGGAUCUCGGGGGUGAAUGGAGUUCAUGUGUGCAUGGUGCUGGAGGUCCUGGGCCACCAGCUCCUCAAAUGGAUCAUCAAGUCCAACUACCAGGGUCUGCCUGUGCCCUGUGUGAAGAGCAUUGUGAGGCAGGUGCUGCAUGGCUUAGACUACCUCCACACCAAAUGUAAGAUCAUCCACACGGACAUCAAGCCUGAGAACAUCCUGCUGUGUGUGGGUGAUGCCUACAUCAGGCGCCUGGCAGCAGAGGCCACAGAGUGGCAGCAGUCAGGGGCCCCACCCCCAUCCCGCUCCACAGUCAGCACUGCCCCCCAGGAGGUCUUGACUGGUAAGCUGUCCAAAAAUAAGAGGAAGAAGAUGAGGCGCAAGCGGAAACAGCAGAAGCGGCUGCUGGAGGAGCGGCUGCGAGACCUACAGAGGCUGGAGGCCAUGGAGGCUGCAGCCCAGGCUGAGGAUUCUGGAUCGAGACUAGAGGGGGGCAGCGGCUCUACCUCUUCCUCAGGCUGCCAUCCUGGGGGCACCAGGGCUGGCACCUCCCCAGCCUCCACCUCCCCUGCCCCUGGGGGUGACCGCAGUCUCAGCCCCAGCUCGCAGACCUCUGGCUUCUCAGGCUCCCUGUUCUCGCCGGCCUCCUGCUCCAUCCUUUCAGGCUCGUCCAAUCAGCGUGAAACAGGGGGACUCCUGUCACCCAGCACACCAUUUGGUGCCUCAAACCUCCUGGUGAACCCCCUGGAGCCCCAAAAUGCAGACAAGAUCAAGAUCAAGAUUGCAGAUCUGGGCAACGCCUGCUGGGUGCACAAGCACUUCACUGAAGACAUCCAAACUCGGCAGUACCGGGCUGUGGAGGUACUGAUCGGUGCUGAGUAUGGGCCCCCGGCAGACAUCUGGAGCACAGCAUGCAUGGCCUUCGAGCUGGCCACUGGUGACUACCUGUUUGAGCCUCACUCAGGAGAAGACUACAGUCGUGAUGAGGACCACAUUGCUCACAUCGUGGAGCUUCUAGGUGACAUCCCCCCAGCCUUUGCUCUGUCAGGCCGUUACUCUCGAGAGUUCUUCAACCGAAGAGGAGAGCUGCGGCACAUCCACAACCUCAAGCACUGGGGUCUGUAUGAGGUGCUCAUGGAGAAGUAUGAGUGGCCCCUGGAACAGGCAACACAGUUCAGCGCCUUCCUGCUGCCCAUGAUGGAGUACAUCCCUGAAAAGCGGGCCAGCGCCGCCGACUGCCUCCAGCAUCCCUGGCUCAACCCCUAGGUCCUACUGUAGCUGUAGGCAACAGGGUUGGGCCUGGCUCUGCCCCUAACUCUCAGUGCCUUAAGGGAAAGUGGGGUGACUCUCACCACCCUGUAGGAGCUACCCUCUCCUACCCUGCUGAAUGCCAGCUUUUCUACCCACCCCUGGCAGGAGAGAGAAAUGCUAGGGCCAGGCCCAUGUCUCAGAACUUCUCUGCCCACAAUUCUCCUGGAAGAUCCUCUGGUGGGAAAGUAUGUGUUUCUUUCUUAAUAAAGCGUGAACAGAAAUACCAGUA